GCGAGCCCCGAGCGCCCCGCGGCCAUGGCCCCCGCGGCGGCGCCGGGCGCCUGAGCCCCGGCACGCGGGCCCCGGAGCCAGGCGGCCGGCGGUGCGCGCGCCGCGGAGAGGCCGACAGAAGGUGAGCGCCGUGGGCGAUGGGAUGGGCGAGGCGGCGCAGGACCAGCAUGAGGCCCGACUCAAGGAGCUGUUCGACAGUUUUGACACGACGGGCACCGGCUCCCUGGGGCAGGAGGAACUCACCGACCUUUGCCACGUGUUGAGCUUGGAGGAGGUGGCCCCGCUGCUGCGAGAGACGCUGCUCCAGGACAACCUGCUGGGCCGGGUGCAUUUUGACCAGUUUAAAGAAGCAUUAAUACUUAUCUUGUCUAGAACUCUAUCAAAUGAAGAACACUUUCAAGAACCAGACUGCGCUCUCGAGGCUCAGCCCAAAUAUGUGAGAGGUGGGAAGCGCUAUGGACGAAGGUCCUUACCCGCGUUUCAGGCAUCCGUGGAGGAGCUGGCCGAGGUGACCGCGACUGAGCCACUCGACGAGGAAGCACGGCCUUCACACAUGCCGGCCCCCGACGGCAGUCAGCACUGGAAGACGCCGCGCAGCGAGGAGUACGAAGCAGAAGGCCAGCUAAGAUUUUGGAACCCGGAUGAUUUGAAUGCCUCACAGAGCGGGUCUUCCCCUCCCCGAGACUGGAUAGAAGAGAAACUGCAGGAGGUUUGCGACGAUCUGGGCAUCACCCGCCAUGGUCACCUAAACCGAAAGAAGCUGGUCUCCAUCUGCGAGCAGUAUGGUUUGCAGCAUGUCGGUGGAGAGAUGCUUGAAGAAGUCUUCCAUAAUCUUGAUCCUGAUGGUACGAUGAGUGUAGAAGAUUUUUUCUAUGGCUUGUUCAAAAAUGGAAAAUCCCUUACACCGUCAGCAUCUACCCCAUAUAGACAAUUGAAAAGGCACCUCUCCAUGCAGUCUUUCGAUGAGAGUGGACGACGGACCACAGCCCCCUCUGCGGUGAUGAGCACCGUUGACUUCCGGGUCUUCUCCUGCCUGGAUGACGGGAUGGGCUGUGCAUCGGUGGAGAGAAUACUUGACACCUGGCAGGAAGAGGGCAUUGAGAACAGCCAGGAGAUCCUGAAGGCCUUGGAUUUCAGCCUGGAUGGACAUGUGAACUUGACAGAAUUGACACUGGCUCUUGAAAACGAACUUUUGGUUACCAAGAACAGCAUUCACCAGGCAGCUCUGGCCAGCUUUAAGGCUGAGAUCCGGCAUCUGCUGGAGCGAGUUGAUCAAGUGGUCAGAGAAAAAGAGAAGCUGCGGUCAGAUCUGGACAAAGCCGAGAAGCUCAAGUCUCUCAUGGCCUCGGAGGUGGACGACCAUCACGCGGCCAUAGAGCGGCAGAACGAGCACAACCUCAGGAAGCUGGAGGAAGAGUACAAGGAGCGGGUCGCAGCCCUAAAGAACGAGUUGCGAAAGGAGAGAGAGCAGAUCCUGCAGCAGGUGGCCAAGCAGCGUCUGGAGCUCGAGCAGGAAAUGGAAAAGGCAAAAGCCGAGGAGAGUUACCUGCGGGACCGCCUUGCCCUCUCUGUGAAGGAAAACAGUCGUCUAGAAAAUGAGCUUCUGGAAAAUGCAGAGAAGCUGGCAGAAUACGAGAAUCUGACAAACAAACUUCAGCGAAAUUUGGAAAAUGUUUUGGCAGAAAAGUUUGGUGACCUUGACCCCAGCAGUGCUGAAUUCUUUUUGCAAGAGGAAAGGCUGACACAGAUGAGAAAUGAGUGUGAGCAGCGGUGCAGGCUCUUACAAGACCAGGUAGAUGAACUCCAGUCUGAACUGGAAGAAUAUCGUACGCAAGGCAGAGUGUUCAGACUUCCCUUGAAGAACUCACUGUCAGAGGAACUUGAUGUUAACAGAGGCUGCAUCGAGCCUGACCAGGGGCUUGGGCCUGAAGAGUGCAAUCCAUCCAAUAUGAGCAUCGAGGCGGAGCUGGUCAUCGAACAGAUGAAAGAACAACAUCACAGGGAAUUGUGUCGCCUGAGACUGGAGCUUGAAGAUAAAGUACGUCAGUGUGAGAAGCAGCUAGAGGAGAGCAAGGCGGCCUGUGAGAAGCAGCAGGAGAGCAUGAAGCAGAAGCAUGAGACUGGAGUGCACAUCCUGGAAGCACAAAUAAGUGACCUUAAAAAUGAAAUUGCAGAACUUCAGGGCCAGACAGUGGCCCUCAAGGAGGCGCAACACGCGGCUGUCUGCACACAUGAGGAGGAGAAAACACAACUGCAGAUGAAGUGGGAUGAGGAGAAGGCUCGCCUGCAGGAGGCGCUGAGGCUGGAGCAUGAGACGGAGCUCAGGGCUAGGCUGGCGCGGGCGGAGGAGAGCUUUCACGGGGAGAGGGAAAAGCUCGUCCAGGGUGGCGCCUGGACGGAAGAGAGGGUGAGGACCUUGACUCAGGAACUAGAGCAAGGUCACCAGGAGCAGCUGCAAAGCCUGGUGGAGAAGCACACUCUUGAGAAAGAGGAGUUGCAAAAAGAGCUCUUGGAAAAACACCAAAGGGAACUACACAAGGGAAGGGAAAAAAUGGAAACUGAGUGUAAUAGAAGAACCGCUCAGAUAGAAGCCCAGUUUCAGGCUGAUUGUCAGAAAGUCGCGGAGAGGUGCGAAAAUGCUCUGAGAAGUCUGGAGGGGCGCUACCACCGAGAGCUGAAGGAGCUCCUGGACCAGCAACACGAGGAGAGAGCCCAGUGGGAGUUUGAGAAGGACGAGCUCGCCCAGGAGUGUGCAGAAGCCCAGGAGCAGCUUAAAGAGACUCUCCAGAGAGAGAAAGCGACUGCUCUGGUCCUGACCCAGGAGAGAGAGAUGCUGGAGAAAACAUACACGGAACAUCUGAAUAGCAUGGUUGUUGAGAGAGAACAGCUACUCAAAGACCUGGAAGAUCUAAGAACUGUGUCUGAAAGUCAGCAAAGUCUACUAUCCAACCAGAUACUUGAGCUGAAGAGCAGUCAUGAAAGAGAACUGAAGGACCAGGAGCAGGUCCUGUGCCAGGCAGGCCCCUCGGAGCAGCUGGCCAGCCAGAGGCUUGAAAGGCUAGAAAGGGAACAUGACCAGGAGAGGCAGGAGAUGAUGUCCAAGCUUCUGGCCAUGGAGAGCGUCCACAAAGCGAUCUGUGAGAAAGCAGAUCGGGAGAGGGCUGAGAUGACCACAGAAAUCUCCAGGCUCCAGAAUAAAAUGAAGGAAAUGGAGCAGGUCACCUCGCCUCCCGCCAGGCUUCAGAAUGGCUGCCAGGCAAUGGUGGGGGAGGAGGCAGAAGGAAGGGGAGCCAUGUCCCUGCUCCAGCAAGGAGAGCAGCUGUUGGAGGAGAACGGAGAUGUCCUCUUAAGCCUGCAAAGAGCUCAUGAGCGAGCAGUGAAGGAAAAUGUGAAAAUGGCAACUGAAAUUUCUAGGUUGCAACAGAGGCUGCAAAAAUUAGAACCGGAGUCCGUAAUGUCUUGUUUAGAUGAGCCAGCUACUGGGUAUUUUGGAAAUUCUGUGGAACAAACAGAGCCAUUUUUACUGCCAAACAGAAUGAAGCAGGUAGAAGGUGGCAUCGUGCAGCGUGUCCUAAGUGACCUGCAAGGCGAUGAGGUCCGGGAUCUGGAAAGUACAGGGACAAGCUCUGGUCAGAGACAGGAGGUCAGAAGAGGGGAGUCUGCAGCAUCAAUAGAGAGUUUUUCCGAGCUUGAGAAUAGUGAGGAGACCAGGACUGAAACCUGGGACCUAAAGAAUCAGAUCGGCCAGCUUCAGGAACAGCUGAUGAUCUUACGUGCAGACUGUGAUCGAGCUUCUGAGAAGAAACAGGACCUACUUUUUGAUGUUUCUGUGCUAAAAAAGAAAUUAAAGAUGCUUGAAAGAAUCCCCGAGGCUUCUCCCAAGUAUAAAUUGUUAUAUGAAGAUGCUAGUAGAGAAAACGAGUGUCUUCAGGAAGAGCUGAGAGUGAUGGAGACGCGCUACAAUGAAGCGCUGGAAAAUAACAAAGAACUCACUUCGGAAAUGUUCCGAUUACAGGAGGAGCUAAAGAAAGCUGAAGAAAUGACGGACACAUUCCUGAGCCUGGAAAAGAGCUACGAUGAGGUCAGAAGAGAAAAUGAGGAACUGCAUGUUCUGGUUUUGAGACUUCAAGGCAAGGUUGAGACGCUGCAUGCAAGAGCAGUGCUGCAGUGUGACUGCUUCUCCUUAUGGGAAGCCCAUCUAGAGAACCCGGGAGUCGGACCUGAUGAAAAGGUCCUUGCACUAAAUCAGACGCUGGAAGAGCGUGUACCAAAGGUUAUGAAUGUACACCGUAUUAUAGAAGAACGUUAUCAGGAAAACCAGUACCUAGAGCAGGAGAAUACACAGCUCUUAGAAAAAGGAAAAGCACAUGAAAUUGCCUGGCUACGUGGAACACUCUGGACACCCCGAGAAGACCCUGGAGUACAGAACCAAGUCAUACUGGAGGAAAACACUGCUCUCCUUGGCCUUCAAGACAAACAUGUUCAGCGCCAGGCCACAAUCGCAGAGUUAGAACGGGAGAAGGAAAAGCUGCAGGAGCUGACUAGGAAGUUGAGGGAAAGAGUCACUGCUUUAGUUAAGCAAAAAGAUGCACCUUCUCAAGGAGAAAAGGAGGAAGAGCUGAAGGCAAUGAUGCGUGACGUGCAAAUCACGUGCAGUGAGAUGCAGCAAAAGGUUGAGCUUUUGAGAUAUGAAUCUGAGAAGCUUCAAGAGGAAAAUUCUAUUUUGAGAAAUGAAAUUACUACUUUAAAUGAAGAAGACAGCGUUUCCAACCUGAAAUUAGGGAAAUUAAAUGGACCUCAGGAAGAAGUGUGGCAAAAAGUAGAAACUGUAAAACAGGAAAAAGCUGCAGUUCAGAAGAUGGUUGAAAAUUUAAAGAAACAGAUUUCAGAAUUAAAAACCAAAAACCAACAUUUGGAUUUGGAAAAUACAGAGCUUAGCCAAAAGAAUUCUCAAAAUCAGAAAGAACUGCAAGAGCUUACUCACCGUCUGGCAGAAAUGCUAAGCCAGAAGGAUGAAGAGCCAGGAUGCAGUACAUGUGAGGACUGGGAGCAAGCAAAGUCUAAUCUGAAAGAAGAACUGGAGCACUGUAAAGUGCAGUCUUCCACUUUAGUGUCUUCUCUGGAAGAAGAACUUUCUGAAGUUAAACUACAGACUCAUAUCGUGGAACAGGAAAACCUCCUUCUCAAAGAUGAACUGGAGAAAAUGAAACAACUGCACAGAUGUCCUGAUCUCUCUGACUUCCAGCAAAAAAUUUCUAGUAUUCUAAGCCACAAUGAAAAACUGCUGAAAGAAAAGGAAGCUCUAAGUGAAGAAUUAAAUAGCUGUGUUGAUAAGUUGGCAAAAGCAAGUCUUUUAGAGCACAGAAUUGCCACUAUGAAGCAAGAACAGAAGUCUUGGGAACACCAGAAUGAAAGCUUAAAAUCACAGCUAGUGGCUUCACAGGAAAAGGUUCAGAAUUUAGAAGACACCCUGCAGAAUGUCAACCUGCAAAUGUCCCGAAUUAAAUCUGAUCUACGAGCAACUCAGCAGGAAAAGGAGGCUUUAAAACAAGAAGUGACGUCUCUACAUAAGCAACUUCAGAAUGCUGGUGACAAGAACUGGGCCCCGGAAAUAGGCACCCAUCCAUCAGGAUUCUAUAACCAACAGCAGAGGCUGUCCUGGGACAAGCUGGAUCACCUGAAGAGUGAGGAACAACAGCUGCUUUGGCAAGAGAAUGAGAGACUCCAAACCGUGGUGCAGAACACCAAAGCGGAACUCUCACACUCCCGGGAGAAGGUCCGUCAACUGGAAUCCAACCUUCUUCCUCCUAAGCACCAAAAGCAUCUGAGCUCAUCAGGUAUCGUGAAGCCCACAGAGCUGGAGAAGUUGAGCUUAAAGAGAGAGUGUGAACAGUUUCAAAAGGAACGAUCUCCUACUAAUAGGAAGGCACACCUUGGAGAUGUUCUGGGUUCAGUUCCAGACCACCACAAUAAAGUUAGUCAGAUGAAUUCCCUUGAACGAGAAUUAGAAACAAUUCAUCUGGAAAAUGAAGGCCUGAAAAAGAAACAAGUAAAACUGGAUGAGCAGCUCAUGGAGAUGCAGCACCCAAGGUCCACUGCGAUGCCUAGCCCAACCCCUCAUGCUUGGGACCUGCAGCUGCUCCAGCAGCAAGCCUGUCCAGUGGUUCCCAGGGAGCAGUUUCUGCAGCUUCAGCACCAGCUGCUGCAGGCAGAAAGGAUAAACCAGUGCCUGCAGGAGGAACUUGAAAACAGGACUUCUGAAACCAGCACACCACAGGGAAACCAGGAACACCUGGUAACUGUCAUGGAGGAACGAAUGAUGGAAGUUGAACAGAAGUUGAAACUCGUGAAAAGGCUUCUUCAGGAGAAAGUGAAUCAGCUCAAAGAACAACUCUGCAAGAAUACUAAAGCAGAUGCGAUGGUGAAGGAUUUGUAUGUGGAAAAUGCCCAGUUGUUGAAAGCUCUGGAAAUGACUGAACAGCGACAAAAAACAGCAGAGAAGAAAAAUUACCUCCUAGAGGAGAAGAUUGCCAGCCUCAGUAAUAUAGUCAGGAAUCUGACACCAGCACCGUUGACUUCUACACCUCCCUUGAGGUCAUAGCCAAGCCAAAGGAUAAACACACAGUUGUGCACUUUACUGAAAUGGAUGGAACAUUUCAGUAUGUUCUCUCAGCCGUUGCUUUCUGUUUUGUUUUGUCUUUGUUUUUGUUUAACCUUUAAUGGCUUAAAGUUAAGCCUAACCUAAAACUUUCAGCAACAGAAUUAAAAUCUCUAUUCAUUGUAAUUAGUUUUUCUAAAUAGACUGUAAUGGAAGUUGCAGAUACUCACAUCUUUCACUGUUUGAAUUAAUUAUUCCCAAUCUUUGAAUUUUUUAAAAUAUUCUUAUAGCCACCAAGAAGGUGAUAUGAAAACAACUCAAGAAUCCUAAAACCCCAGUUUUGAAUGAGUUUUUGAAAAUUACUAUUAUGUAUAAGUUUAUAUGUAAGUUGCAGAUACUUUAAAAUUGAGAUAUUAUUAGUUGGUUGUUUUGAUAUUUAUUUUAAAACCAAAUGUCUUCUCAUACAUUUAAAUAUGAAAAAGUCAUUCUGUUUCUGAUAGUUUUGGUGUUUUUGAAUUAAUUGUUACACUUUUGGUGUGGUAACAGAAGCUGGUCUCAAUAACCACUGAGGUCAGAAAAGCCAGAGUCCAUAGAAAUCUGCCUUCUAACACUUGUGACAGUAUUACCACUCUUGUAUUACAGACAUAAAACUCAUUCACUCAACUGCACUGUUAACUAAUGUUUAAACUUUACCUUCUUUACACAUUUUUUUUCCCUUAGAAGUGUCACUUGGGAACUUGUCUCCUAAGAAAUGGAUAAAGCCACAUUCUUAAAGCAUUUGAACUAUAGGGUAAGCACUGAACAAACUGCUUUGGCGUCAACAGCUAUUCCUAGAAGAGAGAGAAGGAAAGCACAUGGGUUUCUCUCUCUCUAAAGUCUUGGAGUUCAUGAACUGAUAGUUGGGGCUGCCUCAAGAACUCAGGGAACAAUGCUCUAAGUCGUCUUCCUGAAAUACUGUAGGGCCUCUUUCAGAAUUUGAAAUGUAUAAACCAUGUGACCUUUUUUAUUUGUCAUAUAUGUAGAGCCAUAGUGGGAUUUUUAUUUCUACAUUUUUCGUGAAUUUACUUUUCUGGAAAAAGCCCUUGAUUUUUUUAGAGUUAAAAACCUCUUCUAACAUAUGGAAGAGUUAUUAUUUGCUUGUUUGUUUUAGGUUACAUUUUUCAUGCUUCCUAUUCCUCUGUACCUCAAAUCUGAUUAUAAGAAUUUCUUACUGUGAUAAGCGUUGGCAUGCCAUCUGAGGUGGAGGAGCGCCAAGUAGGAUUUUCCAUUCAGUCUCAAGACUAGAACAUUAUGGAACAGUAAACAGUUUGAAUAACUUUUACUUCCCCAGGUAGAAUCUCUGCUUCUAGCCUACUCCAGCCAGGAGUUGGCUGGUAAAGAAUUUACUAUGUGUGGGACACAAACAGAGCUCGUCACAGCCAUCUGUUUGUUUUUGUGGAAGAGUAACUAGAUCAGGAAAAUGCACUUUGAUGUAUUCCAGGAAAGCCAAGCCCGUCAAUUUAUAAGAGGUAUCACAGCAAAAUCAAACACUUCCUUGUGGGCUGGAACAAAAGAUAAAGCAAACUGCUUAAGAAGUCACGUCAGAAACUCAGUCUCAACCGAACUUUAAUUAUACACUAUUAGUCCCACGUGCCAACACAGGAGUCUUUGCUACAAGAGCCCUGACAUGGCAAAGUCAUGUGUGGGACUGGGAGUUCACACUUAAGAAGCCGACCUUUUCACUUUUGGACAGUCUGUGAUCAGAAAUUCCUGAUUUUCCCCUGGAAAAAAAUUAAUUUUAAUCCCUCCCUAUAAUUAUACUUUAAAAUAUUUCAUAUCUGCUGUCAUGCCUUCCCUAAUCAUUUUUCUCUAGUGCAAACAUUACUAGUAAACUCAACUACUUGUAUGGCAUUGACUUUAACACUUAAAACUGUGGAUAGGCCUAGGUUAAGGUCAUAAAUAAACUAAGCACCUGUGGUGUAUUUAUGUGAUAUGCUUUAAGUUAUUCAAGGUUUUUGCCAUCAGAACUGAACAGCAAGCAUGUUUCUCAAAUAGAUGGCUUACCAUAUGAUCACGUGUUGUAUUUUUUUUUGUCAUUUUUUUACAUUACAAAAAGUGUGGGUUAAUUUGUUUAUUUCUUAUAAAUCUGUAUUUAUGUGUAUAUAAAGUGCUGUACAAUAAAUGUAAAUAUGACUUCUGGAAAGUUUUAGACUACAUUUAGAAUCCCUUUAUCUAAAAUCAAAAUGCUGUUCAAAUGGAAGUUAAUUUAACUAACAUCUAGGUGCUUACUUCUUGCUUUACUGCACUCAUAAGAUUGGAAAAAAGAUCAACACAAGAAAUAUAUAGUUACCUUAAAUUAUAUAUUUGUGCAGCAGAUUAUUUUUGUAGACUAGAGUGGGAAUUUAACUGGCAAUUUAUAAUAUAGCUUACAGCUUUUAAAAGACCUUUUAAAGAGAUUAAAUGUAAACUAUUAAACCUUCAGAUUUUGCUUUCAGACUUUAUAAUAGAACUGUUUAAAAUCAUGUUAUAUCUUUUAUAGGCAUUUAUUAAAAGUACAGCCUGUUAAAUUCUCUUGAUUUCUUAAAAACGGUUAUUUAAAUUAAGUCUUAGGAGAUAGGAUCUUCAUUUCAAGGAAAGAGAAUCAAGUUUGCCUCUGUGAUAAUAUGUUACCCUUAGAAAAUGUGGAUAAUAAAGCCUACACUGUUCUAUUUUACUUUCUUCUGCUUUUUGGAAGCCUGAAUUCUUAAGCUCAAAUUUGUGAAGGGAGAGAAGUAGAAGGGGAGUGACAGAACCAAUCAUAGUAUUUAUUUUUCUAAAACUUAAUAAACCCAGAUUUUUUUUAAACUAUUUUAAAUGUGAAUUCUUCCCAGAAGCUUCAAAUGCAUUGUUUAUAUCUUUAACCUUAAACAUAAGUAGAUCACAAAGUCAUAGGCUUUCAGAGUUUAGGAGGAGUUCUUACAGGUCUAGUAUUUCAAUAAUGUACCAAUACCCAGAGCAGGUAUUAUGAUGAGAAACUUUCAUUUUUUUAAGAAUGAAUAAGACUUUAUGGUGGACUUUAAUGUGUGAAAAUGAAUUUUUUAUUUUUGUGAUUUCUUUUUUUCUGAGUGAAGGAAGAGAGAAAUGUGUUGCUAUUGUCAGCAUCUAAGGUAUCCCCACUCAAGGCAAGGCUAAGUGCUUCGUGAUAGUAUUAAGCAAGGCUUGUUUUGAACGGAUUACCUAAUGACUCACUGGAAUGAUAUACAUUAUACAAGUAAUGCCAAAACUAAGUCAAAACCUAAUAGCCAAAGCAUUCCUUAUUUAAAAUUUAUUCAUUAUAUCAUGUUUGGACCUAUUUGAACAUCUCAGCCCUGUAAAACAGUUUUGGUUUUAUGAUAAAUGGAUAGUGGUUUCAUAAUAAAUCCAAGUUAGCUUUUUGUUUCUCAGCUUGUUUUGAAUGAUAUACAUUAAACCUAUUCUUUUUGGAAGACAUUAUCACAGCAUAAUUGAAGGGAACAUUGGUUUUGUAAAGGAAAACCGUAGUUCAUCUAUAGCCAUCACUAGGAUUUUUUUCAUAUAAAGAUUAAUGUGUAUAUGUUUAUAUUGACCUUGUAUAUUUCAUCUAAGCCAUUCUAUCCUAGAAAGAUUUACCAUGAGCUUAAAAAUGUAAAUAAAUAAUUUUGCAAAUAUGGCUCUUAU